GCUGCUCACACGUGUAUGGGUAUGUGUUUGGGCACGUGCGUGAAAGCCACCUGGGACACCUCCCAACGCAGCAGGUGCUGGACACGGGAGAACAGCUGAUGGUCCCCAUGGAGGUCCUGAAGGUGGACAACGAGGGGGCCUUGUGGAAGUUUCUGCUCUCAGGAGCCAUGGCCGGAGCGGUGUCUCGCACGGGUACGGCCCCUCUGGACCGCGCCAAGGUGUACAUGCAGGUCUACUCGUCCAAGACGAACUUCACGAACCUGCUGGAAGGGCUACGGACCAUGGUCCAGGAGGGCGGCUUCCGCUCCCUGUGGCGGGGCAACGGCAUCAAUGUCCUCAAGAUCGCCCCCGAGUACGCCAUCAAGUUCUCUGUCUUUGAGCAGGGAUCCCCACCCUUUCAGGAACGUCUCCUCGCGGGCUCUCUGGCCGUGGCCACCUCCCAGACGCUCAUCAACCCCAUGGAGGUGCUGAAGACGCGGCUGACCCUGCGCCGGACAGGCCAGUACAAGGGGCUGCUGGGCUGUGCGAGGCGGAUCCUGGCCCAGGAAGGCACCAGGGCCUUCUACCGGGGCUACCUGCCCAACAUGCUGGGCAUCGUCCCCUACGCCUGCACUGACCUGGCCGUCUAUGAGAUGCUGCAGUGUUUGUGGCAGAAGUCAGGCAGGGACACGGAAGACCCCAGGGGCCUGGUCAGCCUGUCCUCCGUGACGCUGUCCACAACCUGCGGCCAGAUGGCCAGCUACCCCCUGACUCUGGUACGGACCAGGAUGCAGGCCCAAGACACUGUGGAGGGCUCGAAUCCCACCAUGCGAGGAAUCUUUCGGAGGAUCCUGGCCCAGCAGGGUUGGCCUGGCCUGUACCGAGGCAUGACCCCCACAUUACUGAAGGUAUUGCCAGCAGGUGGCAUCAGCUAUGUGGUGUACGAAGCUAUGAAGAAAACCUUGGGCGUAUAAGCCAUGAACUAGACCACACGCCCUGGGGCAGAGAUGGGACAGGAGGACCCAGUGUCUCUGGCCUCCAAGAGCCCUCCAGGCUCAGGCCCUGGGACAGCCUGGGGUGGCAAAAGCAGGCGAGGGUCUUGGAUCAGAGGACUCCUGGGGUCCCCUCUGUAAGGGUGCCGCCUGGGACUCGAGUUUCGACUCUAGUCUGGCUUCCUACGGCUGGUCCUGGCCCCGAAGGGAAAUGAUGAACACGCAAACAAUCAAGAAUAAAGAGAUGACAUUUUCUUGGACAU